AUGCCUGUGAGCAUGUUCAGCAUCGACAACAUCCUGGCGGCCAGACCUCGCUGCAAGGACUCGCUCCUGCUGCCGCCGAGCGCCGCGCCCGUCGUCUUCCCCGGCCUCCACGGGGACUCGCUCUACGGCAGCGCCUCCGACUACAGCGGAUUUUACUCCCGGGCGGUGGCACCCGCCUCCAGCCUGCCGGCGGUCAGUGGAUCUAGGAUCGGCUACAACAACUACUACUACGGGCAGCUGCAUGUGCAGGCGUCCCCCGUGGGCCCCUCGUGCUGCGGGGCCGUGCCGCCCCUCGGCGCCCAGCAGUGCUCCUGCGUCCCCGCCGCAGGUUACGAGGGCACCGGCUCGGUCCUGAUGUCCCCCGUUCCCCAUCAGAUGUUGCCCUACAUGAACGUGGGCACUUUGUCCCGGACGGAGCUGCAGUUACUGAACCAGCUGCACUGCCGGCGAAAAAGACGGCACCGGACUAUCUUCACUGACGAGCAGCUAGAAGCUCUGGAAAACCUCUUCCAGGAAACGAAAUACCCAGACGUAGGCACCAGGGAACAGCUGGCCAGAAGGGUGCAUUUACGAGAGGAGAAAGUGGAGGUUUGGUUCAAAAAUCGCCGGGCAAAGUGGAGGAGGCAAAAGCGAUCAUCUUCGGAGGAGUCAGAAAACGCACAAAAAUGGAGUAAAGCAUCUAAAACGUCUCCAGAGAAGAGGCAAGAGGAAGGGAGAAGCGACUUGGACUCCGACAGCUGAUACCCUCGCGGAGGGGACAUUUACCGUGGACUGUAGGAUUCGCUCCAGAGGAUGCUACUAUCUUGCACAAGCUCUGCCUUGUCGGAGGGGGA